CUGCGCAAGUCACAACUUCCGGCGGUGAAAUCGUGUACACUCCCAAUAAUAUUAGAACUGUCAAUUUUAACAUUUUUCAUAGUUUGUAGUGACAUUUUGUGUGAAAAUGAUGCGGUGGCUGUCUGGUAAUGAUAAGCCGAAGGAACCAGAGGUGUUUAAAAACGUGGCAGAAGGUUUGAAGAAAAUCUACAGAACCAAAUUACUUCCGUUGGAAGAAACAUACAGAUUUCAUGAAUUCCACUCACCAAAGCUUGAUGACCCGGACUUUGAUGCUAAACCAAUGAUUUUGUUGAUCGGUCAGUAUUCUACUGGCAAGACAACAUUUAUACGCUACUUGUUGGAGUCAGACUUCCCCGGUAUACGUAUUGGACCUGAACCUACAACUGAUCGGUUCAUCACUGUAAUGCAUGGAGACCAAGAUGGAGUUAUUCCAGGAAAUGCUGCUGUUGUUGACACAUCAAAACCGUUCAAGCCAUUGACAAAAUUUGGCAACGCCUUUCUGAACAGAUUUCAGUGUUCACUUCUGGACAAUCAAGUGUUGGAAAGUAUAACCAUUGUAGACACCCCGGGUAUUCUGUCUGGCGAAAAACAGCGUGUGGACCGAGGGUAUGACUUUCCAGGCGUGUUGGAGUGGUUCGCGGAGAGAGUGGACAGAAUUAUAUUGCUGUUUGAUGCACACAAACUUGAUAUUUCUGAUGAAUUCCAUCGUGCAAUCGAUGCCAUCAAGGGCUAUGAUGACAAAAUAAGGAUUGUUCUAAAUAAGGCAGAUGGUGUUGACCAUCAACAGCUUAUGAGAGUUUACGGUGCCUUGAUGUGGUCAUUAGGAAAAGUGUUGAAUACACCAGAGGUAGCAAGAGUGUACAUCGGCUCUUUCUGGGAUAAACCACUUCAGCAUGAUAUGAACAGAAAACUUUUUGAAUUGGAAGAGAAAGACUUGUUUUCAGAUCUGCAGGGCCUGCCAAGAAACGCUGCUUUAAGAAAACUGAAUGAUCUGAUCAAGAGAGCAAGACUGGCAAAGGUGCAUGCGUACAUCAUCAGUGCCCUCAAGAAGGAGAUGCCCUCAAUGUUUGGGAAAGACUCCAAGAAGAAAGAGCUCAUCAAACAGCUUGGAAAAAUCUAUGGCGAUAUCGAGCGGGAACAUGGGAUUUCUCGCGGGGAUUUCCCCAACCUGCAGCGUAUGCAGGAGGUCUUGUUACUACAGGACUUCACCAAGUUCCAUUCACUGAAUCCCAAACUGAUCAAGGCAGUGGACACCAUGUUGGCCACUGAUAUCGCUCAUCUGAUGGAGAUGAUUCCGAUUGAAGAUCAGAAUUCCGCCAAUGAAAAAGAAAAAGCCAAUGUGGAGGGUGGGGCCUUUAAAGGCUACAUUGAUAGCCCAUUUGGUUUUGGGCGUGGUGAGGGUGCUGAUGCAGGCAAGGGUGAGCAUGAAUGGAUUGUCAGCAAUGACCGAUACAAGUAUGAUGAAGUCUUCGCUAAGCUGAACCCUGUAAAUGGAAAGGUCACGGGAGCGGCAGCAAAAGCGCAGAUGGUGACAUCAAAACUGCCCAACUCAGUCCUAGGGAAGAUCUGGAAGCUAGCGGAUGUGGACAGGGACGGAAUGUUAGACGCAGAUGAAUGGGCUCUCGCCAACCAUCUCAUCAACAUUAAGAUGGAGGGACAUGAUUUACCAAAUGAACUGCCAGAACACUUGAUUCCACCAUCCAAAAAGGAAGGCUUUUCUGAUUAAGGGAUGAUCAGAGAUGUUAGUGCUUACAAAUAUGAAUUGUAAAGUGUUGUAGCUUGAGCAUAAUCUGUGACUAGGAAUGAGAUUGUUAAUGAUGAUGACCUGAUACAAGUAUGGCUGUGAAUUAGAUAGAUGUUAAUUAAUGAUGUACAUGUACUUGUAUAUAUACAUGUAAUCAAUGAAUGACUUAUUUAGAAUUGUCUUUGUCAUUAGUCAUUGCCAGUUUUCAUUUAGAGCUUUUAUCGAUCUGUAUUAAAAAUAUGAGAUGUCUUAAAUAUUAACAUUCAUGUACAUGAUAAAAAUGAUGUAUGUAAAUUAGUGAUCCAAUUGUUUUGUUUCAAGUACUUAAGUACUAUCUUGUAACCAUUCAUCUUUGAUAUGAAAUCUGCCUUCAUAAGAUAAUUGGAAUUGCAUGUGAUUGUCACUAUAUUGACCAGCCUUCACUGUAAUGUUGUUUUGUUUUGUUUUUCACACAAUUACGUCAAUUAUUUUCGUUUGCACAUGUAUACGGUAUUUUUUCUCAUGUACUAUAUCAUGGAAUAUUUUUGCAAUGUUUAUGACCAAGUUAUUUUGUUUUGCUUUAUUAUUAUUAUUAUAAUUAUUAUUACAUUUAUUUUAAAUUAUUUUAUUAUUCUUUUUGUUUAUGAAUGUUUGAAUCUGCCAUUGAUGCAAUCAAUGUGGCGUGUCUGUGCAAGAGUUGAUGCCUCACACAAUGUUUGAACUGAGUGAUUGCUUUCAUUUCUUUAGAUAGAUGGCGGUUUUAAAGUUUAGGAGUAAUUCUAAAAUCAGAAUUGAGAACUUUUAACUUCAGAUCGUUGUACAUUGUAAAGUUGUAAAGACUUUUUAUUGCUCCAACAUUUGCAUCAAAACAGUAGGAAGUACCUUAAAAUUAAUGUAAAUGACUUUGACUUUAAAAAAAAAAACAAUUUUAAAAGGGGUCUAAGCCCCUUUACCUUUGAAUACUUUGAGCUUGAAUCCCUCAUACUCAAACAGACCCACAACUAUUUUUUAGGAUUAACAAUCAGAGCUAUUAGAACCCCUGUUUAAAAUAUGGUACAAUAGAAAAAUCUUUCUUCAUAAUUUUAGUUGUAACAUGUUUUUAAAGCUUUUUAUAGCUUCAAAUUGCAUGAAGAUAAAUGGCAAACUGUAUCAUUUUUCCUUGUUUCUAUGCAAUACAUGUAUAUAAUACCAAAUACUUAUUUAUUCCACGUUUUAUUUCUUCUAUGUUGUUUAUUAAUUUAACUUGAUGGACAGUACAUUUAUCUAGGCGUUCAUGUAGUACUAAAUUUAUAAUUAUGUUCAUCAGACUUGCGUCAUCUCUCCCUACCUUUGAACUUCAAUAUAAAGCAUUGUCUGAUUCCCACCUCCGACUCUUUCCAUAACUCUCUAGACAUCUGAUGACGGGAGAGAAACUAGGUCAGCCAUAGGUAUGCUAUGAUGGAGUUCUAAGUAAAAUUUAAGUUAUGAAUUUUGUUGACCUCUGAUUUUAGAUACUAUUUAGUGUUUAGUUUUAUUCAUGAUGAUUUUACUAGUACAAACAAAAUUACAAUAGUGUUUAAAGUUAAAUAGUUGAGCCAGAUGGGGCAAGUUGGGGUGAUGUUGUUGCGAUGUUUCAAAAUAAAAAAUCUAAUUUCAUCCACGAAGACCAUUUUUGUUGGAUGCUUAGCGAUUAAGUCAGUAACCUUUUUGUCUUACAGCUGUACCAAUUACAGCCUGUACCAAUAUGUUAAUUGUUAAAAAAAGUAUAUUGGAUAAUGUUUGGAAAUAUUUUUACAAAUAACAUUGAUUUACAGCAUUCAAAAUUUAUUAAACUCUGUUGUUAAACUUGAAUCCAAUGACUUAACAAACCUAUUUUAAAUGUUCAUUACAAAUUGUUUGUCAUUUAUAUACACUUGUUGUUUUGUCCGGAUGUAAUCCUUCUAUCGAAAAGUAAUUUUGUAAACAUGCAUUACAUCAAUUGUGCCACAAGCUUUAAUGCUAUUGUUAUUUUAGGCGUGUUUGCAUAGGGUUGUAAGAAUGAACAAUAUUUUCCUGAAAAGUGUUGGCCAGUAAAGACUGUUUUUCCUGCAUUGUAAACAUGGAAGUUAUUUCGAUAGAGACAUAUUAAUUUCUGUCAGUGUCAGGUGUUAGGUGUACCAAGAUUUUACAUCUGACAUUAAGUAAACAAGAUCAUACCCUAAUAACAUUGUUUACAAUAAUCUUCCUUUUCACAUAUAAAUUGUAUAUGCAUCAGUAUUUACUGUAAGCAGUUUUAUCUAACGUGUAUACUGCUAGUCAUAUUCAUUAGAAUUAAGGCUUUUUGUACUGCUUAUGUAGGCUACAUUGUGAUUUACUUGGCAGCGUGUUGUAAAAUAACCUACAAAUUCAUUACUAAUUCUGUAUAUUAAAAUUGUUUACUACUGUAUAAGUGUGUCCUUGAUGUGCAUUAAACAAUGUAAAUAGGUUAUUUUGACUAACUUAUAGCACUCUCUCUCUCUCUAGUUCAUGCCAUAUGCUAUUUUUCUGAUGAAGAAAAAAGACGGGUUAAUCAGUUCAGAGAACUCUUCUUUCAGAUGAAGAAAGUUACAGCUUUUUGUUACACAGAACACAUUGAAAUACUAAAACAAUGUAUGAUUUUUACAAAUACAAGUGGCUUCAUUUCAUCCAUUCAACUAACACUUGUACUGCCAACAGGCAGGGCUCAACAUGUGCAGAAGUGAUUACAAGGCAGUAUCUCAGGCUUGGGAAGACCAGUCUCAAGCAUUUGUUUUGUUGAAACAUAAGGAACUUAAGCACAACUGAUUCUGUUUUCCUCUCCUUUUUCACAAGAAUUUUAAGGAAUGAUGUAUCAUUCACCUGACUCAGGAAAAGAAAGCUACCGGUACUUUUAAUGAAAUGGGCUGUCUGAUUUAUUGUUGUGAAUUAAUAACAAAACUGUUCUUUAAUUCUAUACAAAGUGGCAUUUUUCUCUAAAUGUGUGGAAAUUUACAUAGGUUUGUGAUAGUGUGUUGCUUUAUGAGUGGUUGCCUUUUUUAUUAAACUUAUUCUACAUUUUUUCACCCACAAAAAUAGGGUGGCAUAUUGAUUUACCCUUGUGCGUCUGUCCUGUCCAUGAUUCUGUAAUUAUGUGAACUUGUGUCGCUUAGAACUCCAAAAGUAUUUACCUAGAGUCAUGAAACCUUACAGGAAUGUUAAUGGGGUGAGGUAGUUGUGCACCUACGAGGUGCAGUCAAAAAGUUCCCGGACUGGUUAUAUUUUGCACACUUUUGACGUCUGACUAUGACGAUACUUGUCACACAUAUAUCCUAACAACAUUUUUACAUUUUGUUUCCUGCUGCACGUUGAAAAACCAGAGUUAUGGCCCUUGAAUUGGUAAAAAAUGGUAUUUCUGUGUCUGUGUCCCUCAAAACUCCAAAACUAUAUUACCUAGUCAUAAAACCUUAGGGCAAUGUUAAUGUGGUGAUGUGCACCUGGGGUUUCGUUUCCUGCUGCACUUAGAAACACCAGAGUUAAGGCCCUUGAAUUAGCAAAAUAGGUAUAAAUACUCUGGACUUGUCACUCUUAACUCGAAAACUAUUUCACCAAGAGUUAAUAAAUCUUUGAUGAAUGUUAUUUAGGUGAUGAAGUUGUUCACCUGGGAUUUCGUUUCCUGUUGCACUUAGAAACACAAGAGUUAAGGCCCUUGAAUAAGCGAAAUUGGCAUUUUUUGACUUGUGUUGCUCUAAACUCUAAUACCUUUUCACCAACAGUUAACAAACCUUGGCUGAAUGUUAUUAAGGUGAUGAGGUUGUACACCUGCGAUUUUGUUUCCCACUGCUCAUAAUUAGUGGGACUUAUAAUUUUGAUACACAUUAUUGAGAAUUGGGAAAAUAAGGGCCCUUGCUUUUCUGACAACCACCGCAUAUGGGGGCAUCUGUGUCCUAUGGGCACAUUUAUAGUUUUAUAGAAGAAAGGGUAAAGUGAGCAAUGGCGAAACAAUGAUGAUAACUAAGAAAACAUUUAUAUGUGUAAUUUUAUGAGACUCAACUCGCAUUACCUUUAAUGCUUACAUGGUAUUUAUCUCCCUUUUCAUGUAAAUUUUGAAACAGGCCUACUUUUAAUUAGAUAUUUUACGUUUUCGUCCAUAUAUUUAACCCCAUAUCGGAAUGGUUACAAGCAGGCUUACAAGUAGGUGGAACUUAGCCAUGCAAUAACUUGCACGCGGAUAAAUUACAACAGUACCGUAUUCACUUAUACACAUGCUACUAAUUAAAUGUUGUCCAAUGACAUAAUGGCACUAAAUGGCUUAUUUGCCCACAACCCGCACUAUAUGUUUGUGUAAUAAUAACUCUGGAACCAGGUGCAUGAACUAUUACUAACAGUACUUGUUAACAUUGCAUACCUUCAUCAUGUAUGUACUGCCUUUUUCAGAUGAAGAUUAUUUUUUAUUAAACUUUUCUCUUGCCGAAUGAAAAUUAUGAAAUAAAAAAAUUGUGCAAUUAUGAAUGUAAUCUUUAUGAGCAAUGUAGUUAUAAAUGUUAUAUAUAAUGUCUUAAUGUAAUGUAUUCCUGUCUAUUAAAGAUUGUAAAUAG